CACAGCUCUUCUACAUUCACACUCUGUCUGUGUUAGCUGAUACUUUGCAUGAAUUGUCCUUUGCUGACAUCAAAAUCACACCAGAUUGGACCUUGGACAGCAUUGCUCCGUGUGACCUGAAAUGUGAAGUGCUGAACCAAAAUAUUCUCCACCUCCAACAAGCUUCUCGAGAAAGUGAACAAAACAGUGCUGCUCCCAGAGAUCAACAUGCAAGCUAUGGGAAGUUGGUCUCUGUUCCUUGUCUAUCUUCUGUCUUGCCUGCUUCAUUACAAUCCCUUACUGGCUUUUUCACUUAAAAACUGUACGUUGGCCCAUUCUGAAAAUGCUAAAAGUCUGUGGGUUACUUGCACAGCUCGAGACCUCACUGCUAUUCCCGAUGACAUUCCCAGAAAUGCGACAUCACUGGAUCUCAGCUCAAAUCAACUUUUAAACAUCAACCGGACAGAUUUAAGAUGUUUAUCAAAGCUCAUUGAUGUACAACUUCAAUAUAAUCUGAUUUCACACAUUGAUGAUGGAGCUUUUGCAGACUUGGUAGAAUUAAGGUUCCUUAUUAUGGAUGACAAUGAACUAACAAACCUGACAGACAACAUGUUUCAGGGGCUGUCCAAAUUAGUCUUCCUGUCGCUUGACAGCAACAAAAUCUUAUUUAUCUCCCCUGUAUCCUUUGAGUCCCUGGUCAGCAUAGAGACAGUAUAUCUGGGUGCCAAUUUGCUACAACAAAUUACAGACAUUGCUCCCAUCUUAAAACUAUCAACUUUAAAGAGAUUUCACCUUUCGUAUAACAAGUUUGACUCUUUUCAAUCAGACGACCUGCCUUUAAACGUCUCAAACCUCGAGGUACUGCAGCUAAGUAUGAACCCACUGAGAAAGUUCAGCAUUACUACAGAUAUAUUUCCUUAUCUGUACUCUCUCGACUUGUCUAAGUGUAGCUGUGACAUUGAGUGGGAUGUAGCAAACAAGAUGUUUCUGAGGAGCCUAACUAUUUUGUUAUUUAGUGGAAUGUAUAUUAGCUUUGAGACGUACAGAGCGAUACUGCAGACCGCUGACUCACUACAAAAACUUUCGCUGUUGAUGAUGGAGAAGCCGAUAGUUGAAGGUCUCAUAGACGUCGCCUGCCGAAUUCCUUCUCUCAGAUCUCUAGAUGUAGAGGUUUGCAAAAUUGGUACCGUGGACGAUGACAUGCUGAGGUCUUGUUCUCUGCUCAAUAAUCUCACUUUGUCCAGUAAUGACCUGUCCAAGUUGUCCGAGCAUUCAUUCAGAUCAAUGACACAGCUCAGGCUUCUGGCACUGGACGGUAACCAACUGUCUAAACUGCCACUCGCGCUCCGAGGACUCUCCACACUGGAAAUCUUGGAUCUAAGCUCCAACUUCAUCAGUGAGCUUGACUGCCUCGACUUCCUGAAUUUGACAAGAUUAACAAACCUUAAUCUCAACCACAAUCGUAUUUCAAAACUUCAAGGCUGUGUUUUUCAAAACUUAAUCAACUUGGAAGUCCUCGAUAUUGGAGAAAAUGCUUUUUACACUUUUGACAAGACCUUCAGCGUUAACUUGUGGAAACUAGAAUCUUUGAAUUUGCACAACAAUGGCCCCUUUCAGCUCAUGCAAGGAGACUUUAGGAAUCUGUCUUCCCUCAGGGUUUUGGAUUUAGAGUCAGACCAACAUCACAAUGUGAAUGACGGGGCUUUCGAAGGACUCGAUAAUCUCCAAACUCUUAGUCUUUCUCUUAGUAAUUUCCUAAAGGAGGUUUUCAGAGGAUUACCACAAUUAGCAAAUCUGACACUACAUCUUACUUUUAACUGGAAUCAGAAGAGUUCUCAACAAAAUGACGAGCCACCUUUCUUAAAGUUAACCAAUUUGAAGAAGCUUGUGCUUAAAGUUUACGACACAUUUAGAACUGAGAUUUCAUCAGAUCUGCUCAAGGGUCUGAUAUCUUUAGAGUACCUCAUGACUGAGAGAUUUUUCAUGAAGUCUUUGCACCCAGACACGUUUAAAUACACUCCCCAACUGAAGGGUCUUCAGAUAAUCCACAGUGAUCUGUCAGAUUUAACCCCUGAACUGUUCUGGCCAAUCCCAAACCUGCAGACGCUCGACCUCUCCAACAAUAAAUUCAGGUCUUUAGAUUUCCUGGCCAGGGCCAACCUGCGUUCUCUCAGCUGGCUGAAACUCAGUGAGAAUGCAUUGUCCAUCAUCAAUGAGACAGUCUUUCAGUCCCUCCCGGCCUUGACAUAUCUGGACCUGACUGAUAACCCUCUGACAUGCGAAUGCUCUAAUUCUGGUUUUAACCAAUGGGUGCAGAGCACCAACCAGACACAGGUUGUUAAUGGCCACCAGUAUACUUGUGCCUUUCCUGUGAGCCAACAGGGAAAUAUGUUCCUGGACUUUGACAUUGAAUCCUGUUGGAUAGACGCCGGCUUCCUCUGCUUCAUUUCUAGCGCUAGUCUCACUGUGCUCACUCUCCUCACAACAUUCAUCUACCACUUCAUGAGGUGGCACCUAGUCUACGCCUACUACCUCUUCCUGGCCUUCCUCUAUGAUAAGAAGAGGGGAAAGAAGGGCACUCGUCACCACUAUGAUGCUUUUGUGUCCUACAACGUUCACGAUGAGGCCUGGGUCUACAGAGAGAUGCUUCCAGUGCUGGAAGGAGAGCAAGGCUGGAGGCUGUGUCUGCACCACAGAGACUUCGAACCAGGUAAGCCCAUCGUAGAAAACAUUACAGACGCAAUCUAUGGCAGCAGGAAGACCAUCUGUGUGAUCAGCCGGCACUACCUGCAGAGUGAGUGGUGCUCCAGAGAGAUCCAGAUGGCCAGCUACCGUCUGUUUGACGAGCAGAAGGAUGUGUUGAUCCUGCUGUUUUUGGAGCACAUCCCCCCCCAGCAGCUGUCUGCGUACUACCAAAUGAGAAGUAUGGUGAAGAAACGCACCUACCUGAGCUGGCCGCAAGCCGUUCAACACACUGGAGUCUUCUGGCAGAGCUUACAGCGAGCUAUGAGUUCUGGUGAAAGUGCUACUGAGCACACACCCCUCCUCAAUGGACACCUAAGCUCUAUUCACUGAGAUUUCCUUUUACAACCAGAAAUGAGGGGAAAGAAUAAUCAUUAUUUGAUUUUGAAAUCCAAAACUUACGAAUGAAAAUUGUUUAGAAUGUCAUUAAGAGGGGUAUACUUCUACUUCACUAAAAUAAUUGUGGUUUUUUGUACCCUGCUUUCAUUUCACAGUUGUAGUUAAGUUAGUUAUUUUUCAAAUGGAGAUUUACCGAAAACAAUAUAUGACAUGCUUAUAAAAUAAAACGCAUUGUUGAAAAACCAGCAGGUACUUGUUCAUCUCCAGUGAGAUGUCUCUCAUACCUUCUUUAUGAACCCUUAGAUUUAUCUUGUGACCCUUUGCAGGGGCCCGACUCCUAGGUUGGGAAACACUAGACAAAACAGGCUAAAUGCACAUAAAGAAGUACAAUGAUGCAUCAGUAUUAACAAUCUAGUAAAGUGAUGUAUAAUAUCAGUUACAGGAGACAUUUUACUCCAGAACAAGUACUUGUACUUUUUAUACUUUAAAUACGUUCUGCUGAUUAUACUUUUGUACUUUUACUUUUUUCAAUGCAGGACUUUCUUUUGUAGUGGAGUACUUAUAUUGUGGUACUGGUACUUCUUGAAGUGAAGGGUCUGACAAAAAAAGACUAUCAACCUGCAUUAUGGGAAAUUUAUUAUGCUUUUGAAGCUUGACCCAUACUAGAAAAUAAAAGUUUGAAGUAAGUUGAUGUUUACUUGUUUUUAAAUCAUGAACCUCUUUCUUUUCACAUUCCUAAAACAAAAAAUUUAAUUGUAUUUUUCUUCUUUUUCUGUCAGGUUUUACAGUUUAGACAAUAUUCACAUAGUAUGAUAUCAAGGUGGACAUAUAUAUUUCUAAUACUGUCAUUUCUAAUCAAAUGGGAUGCUAAUUGUAAUACACAUGCUUUUAUUCCGUACAUGUCAUGAAAUAAAAAUUUUUUUGAUGA